AUGCCAAAGGGCUGCUGCGUGCCGUGCUGCCCUUCGACGGAACGCCGUUGUGGCAACGCCAUCUCCUUCCACGAAGUGCCGUCGGACGACCGCUAUCGAGACGCCUGGCUGGACGCGAUCGCCGGCGGCGACGCCGACGAAAGGGCGCGACUUCUAGCUAACGCCCGGUCCGUCGUGUGUUCGCUGCACUUCAAGCCGACCGACUUCAAGGUUGGCAUGAAGCGCCGCGUUCUCGUGAACGCCGCCGUGCCUUCCAUCUUUCCAGACAAGAGCGCCGUGUCGGCCCUGGAACCGCCGACGCGCAAGCGACGGCGACGUCGCACCACGGAGCCCUACUACUACUACAACGUACACUCCGUCAAGGGCGUGGAAGAGGUCGAGGAAGAAGACGCGGCGGCGGCCGCCGCCAACGAAGCGACGUCUCGCGCGACGGCCACGCCGGAGACGACCACCAUCAUGAUACUGCCUGGAAUGGUCAUCCGACACGAGAGGUAG